AUGGGAUGUCUAUAAUCAAAGAAAGCAUUAAAAGAAUCUUAAGCAAAACUAAAACCAGAAAGUCCUCAGUAAUACGAUCCUAAUAGUAUUUUAUAAAUUAUAUUUAGAGAAAGAGACAUAAUAUUAAGUUAUUGUAAAUGGAAUAUUUUUUGAUGCACUCAAUCCAGAUGAGUGA